CCAUUGGUGACUAAGAUCAUCGGUAGCGGACGCGGAGACUUCCCUGUGUGAGCUAACACUUCAAGUUUAUUGGAAGUUUAAUUAUCUUUAAUAUGGACAAAUUGCAAAGCAAUGAAGAUCAGACAUUAGGUGAUGGAACAUCCCUAUAUAAAGAGAAGGAAUCUACAGCAGAUAACAUCAAUGCCAUUUCCUUAUCUGAAGAAGUACAAUGUUUUUCAUCAUCUGCAUCUGAAAGUGAAGGGAAAUCUUAUUGCCAUAAUAAUAAAAGGCCAAUUGCAGAUUUACAUUCUGUAGUCAAUGCUGAAGAUGGUGAGCUUAAAAAUGAACACUUACCAAAGAGAAUAAAACUUGAUAUUACUAAAUCUCUUAAUGAAAGUCCAAAUGAUGUAUGUGACACAUUGUCCAGUCAAAACUGUACAGGCAACACUGAAGCAACUCCAGGGGUACAAGAAAUUGUUGUGAUCUCUGAUAAGGAAAACUUACAAACUUCAUCAUCGCCAAAAAGAACACCCUGCCAAGGCCUAAAAAAUCUAGAAGAAGGACUAUUAAAAGAAGCUGAAAUUAAUAUUAAAGUUUUACAAGUCAGGGAUGUUAGUUGUAAAGCUGCUGAAAAGUUACCUUCUUCAGAAUGUGAUCUAAAGCAAGUUGAAAAUAAUUGUGAUAUUACUUUAGAAAGGGAGCAAACCGUCAAGAAGUUACAUUUAAUGACUGUUAAUUCAGUAGAUGUGAACAACACUGCUGUCAGACAGAUUCAUCAAGAAACAUCAUCAGACAAACCUAAAUUGAGUGGAUUACUCACAGAAAGUGGCUCAAAAACUAAUCUAUCAGAGAGGUCUGGAAACAAUUCCAAAUUACUUAAAACGUCAAAACCUACUAAGGGUACAACAUCAACAAGAAAAUGCAAAAAAAAUAUUUCAAAAACAAUUCUUGGUAUAAAAUUAAGAAGAAAGCGUGAAAGAAAAGCACACGAGAGAGGUAACUUUUUUAAAAAGAAGUAUGGUUUUAGGCAAGUUAAGAAGCCGUUGCCCUUGAUUAAUAUUAAUAAAAAAAGAAAAUCUGUUAAACUUGGUUAUAUAAAACCAAAUAUACAAAAACCAAUAAAAACAUUUCAACUGCAGUCAAAUUCUUCUCAAACUGAAAAUAUCAAUCAGAAAGUAAAUAUAAGUAUAGAUGAUGCCAAUGCUUUUUCUAAGAAGACUAUUGAAGAAAUACACAAACUAAAAGGUUCUGUGGAUUUGCAUACAUGUACUUAUGUUAAGGAUGUUUUUCAGAGCAGGAAAGGUCUUUAUUGUCAACCAUGUGGGUAUUUUUGUAUUACCAAAGAGGACCUUGAAGACCACUGCAAAAGCGACAGUCAUCAAAAAACCAAGACAAAUUUAAAAUGCCAUCUCUGCUCAUUAGUAGCUGCCGAGGAAUCAGUCUUUAAAACUCACAUGAAUGCUGAGCAUAACAUGUGCUUCUAUUGUGAUUAUUGUAAUGUUUAUUUUAGUGUCGAAGAAGAUUUGGUGCAACAUAAAAAAACAGAACAGCAUUUAUGGAUGCUGGAUCAAACAAGCCGCACAUCAGAUACAGAAAUAUUUAUUUUAGAAGCAGCUGCUAGUAGCAGUAAUCCAUCAGAAAAUGGGAAUAGCAAUGUGACGGUAAAUGAAAUGGAAGUUACAUCUGAGGCUAAUGAUUUAAUGCAUGUAGAAGGGAACAAAGAAACCGAGACAUGUCCCAGUGAGGUAGGAAAGACACAGUUUCAAUGUAAAAAGUGUUUUUAUAAAACAAGAUCUUCUACUGUGCUUACAAGACAUAUCAAACUGCGCCAUGCCCGUGAUUAUCACUUUUUAUGUAAAGCCUGUAACAUUUACUCUAUGUGUAAAGAGGGAAUGGAGAAACACAUAAAAAGGAGUAAACAUAUUGAAAAUGCUAAGAAAAACAAAAUUGGAUUACUUUUUGAAGAAUGCAUUGAAAAAGUUUGGUUUGAUGGAGUUUCUGAACAUGCCAUUUCUGACAAAGAUAGCUCAAAAGAUGUAGCUUUUCAAGGACCACAGUUUACCCCUGAGAAUAACUUGCCUUCUACUGAAGAAUCCAUUUGUUCCAGCCAGUCCUCCAGUGAAAUGGAUCGUCUUUUAGCAAAUGUACCGAAGAGAGGAAGACCUAAAGGAAAUAUUUCUAGAAUAUGCACGUACUGUGGACUUUUAGCUUCUAGUGUCACAAACUUAGCAGUUCAUAUUAGAAGGAAACAUAGUCAUCAGUAUAGCUUUCUAUGUAAAGUGUGCAACUAUUACACAGUUACUAAAGGAGAUAUGGAUCGUCAUUGUGCAACGAAAAAACAUAAGAGUCGUGUAUCAGAAGAAAAGUGUGAUCUACAAAGUGCAAAUAUAAUUGUUACUCCUGAUGGGACAAAUUUUGAAGUUGUCAAGAAAAAGGGACACAUGAAUCUGGAAAAGGACCAUUUGAAUAGCGGUAGUAUUGUAAAACCUAUAAAUGAUUUAAAUACCAUGACUCAGGAGAAAGAAGCACAGCAUUCUGAUAAUACAAUGAAUGUACAAGAUGGAACCUCCAUGAACGAGCCUCAAGAAAAGCUAGCGGGACAUAAUACCAUUGACAGUAUUCCUCUCUCAAAGAGCUCCGCUGAAAUUGGUAGCACUAAAUGCACUCACUGUGAUUUUGCAGCACAUUCAGUGUUAUCUUUAGAGAUGCAUAUUAAAAGAAAACAUACCAAAGAAUUUGAAUACUACUGUAUGGCAUGUGAUUACUAUGCAGUAACACGGAGAGAAAUGAUUAGACAUGCAGCAACUGAGAAGCAUAAGAUUAAAAGCCAGUCUCGCCAAUCAUGUGUAUCCACGGCUGUGGACAACAGAGUAGCUGAUUUGCAAUCUAUAUCCAUUAUUGUCCCUAAAGAUCAGCUUCAGGAAGAAUCAGAAACUUUUACAUUGGAAAAACAAGUUUCUGAACCAAAUCUAAAGGACAAUGCUGACAUUUCUAUUUUGCAGGCAAAAGAUAAUGUAGACAGAGAAACCACAACAAGGACAGGUUCUGCAAUUGACAAAACAAACCUAUCGGUUUCUAUUGAAAGCAGUGUAAAAGAAGAUAAAGAAUUAAAUAAUGUCAUAAAUAGACAACUACAAAACAUAGGGCAAACUGUUGUGGAAGCAAAUGUAACGCAAAGUGUCCAAAGUCAAAGCCUUGGUUAUGGAUGUAAAGUAAGCAUGUUAUCAGGAGAAAAUAAAACUAUUGAAUGUGAAGAGAAUGGGAAAUCUGUUGCUCUAACUCAUCAACAAGAAUACACUAUUGAGGAUGCCAGUAGUCUAGAAAUAAAUCCAAAAAAUGAUGUAGAAAUUGCAAUCAAUGCUCCAGAGACUAUUUCAGUAGGCCAACAUCAAACAGAAGCAUGUUUAGUCGAUAAUGUUUGGACUAUAGAUGUUACAGCAGAAUAUAGUAACUUAACUGAAUCGUACAACAAUGCUCAAAAUGCAAUCAAAUUUGAUUCAUCAAUAGUAAAACUCAAAGUUUCUCAUGGUGCUGAUACCACUGAAGGUAUUGAAGGACAGCCAAAUAGUGACAUAAAAGGUAAUGAUUUAGAUUCCAAUUCUUUUAAUUCAGUACCUGCAAAGAGGAAAAAAGAUAAAAACAGUCAAGGCAAAAUGCCUCGCAUUCGCUGUGAUGACUGCGGCUUUUUAGCAGAUGGCCUUAGUGGGCUGAAUGUUCACAUAGCAAUGAAACAUCCAACAAAAGAGAAACACUUUCACUGCUUGCCAUGUGGCAAGUCAUUUUUUACAGAAAGUAAUCUACACCAACACUUGGCUAGUGUAGGCCAUGUGAGAAAUGAACAAGCUAGCUUUGAGGAAUUACCCGAAGGUGGUUCCACGUUCAGAUGUGUGAAGUGCACAGAACGAUUUGAUUCUGAACAAAGUUUAUUUCUUCACAUUAAAGAGCAGCACGAAGAAUUGUUAAGACAAGUCAACAAGUACAUUGAGGAAAACACUGAGCAAAUCAACCGAGAACGGAAUGAAAAUCAGGGGAAUGUAUGCAAGUACUGCAACAAGAUAUGCAAGAGCAGUAAUUCCAUGGCUUUUCUUGCUCAUAUACGAACGCACACAGGAUCAAAGCCAUUUAAAUGCAAAAUCUGCCACUUUGCAACAGCUCAGCUAGGAGAUGCCAGGAACCACGUCAAGAGACACCUUGGGAUGCGAGAAUACAAGUGUCAUGUCUGUGGUGUGUCAUUUGUUAUGAAGAAACACCUAAACACACAUUUACUGGGGAAACAUGGAGUUGGCACACCGAAAGAAAGAAAAUUCUCCUGCAACCUCUGCGAUAGAAGUUUCAGAGAGAAGUGGGCUCUCAACAACCAUAUGAAGCUGCACACAGGAGAAAAGCCAUUUAAAUGUGCCUGGGCCACAUGCCAUUAUUCUUUCCUCACAGCGUCUGCCCUGAAAGAUCAUUACCGGACUCACACAGGCGAGAAGUCAUUCUUGUGUGACCUUUGUGGCUUUGCUGGUGGGACCCGUCACGCCCUUACUAAGCAUCGGAGACAGCACACAGGAGAAAAACCAUUCAAAUGUGAUGAAUGCAAUUUUGCCUCCACAACACAAUCCCAUCUAACAAGACACAAACGUGUCCAUACGGGAGAGAAACCCUACAGAUGUCCCUGGUGUGACUACAGAUCUAAUUGUGCUGAAAAUAUCCGCAAACACAUUUUGCAUACGGGGAAACAUGAAGGAGUAAAAAUGUACAACUGUCCCAAAUGUGAUUACGGAACAAAUGUCCCUGUAGAAUUCCGGAAUCAUCUGAAGGAGAUCCAUUUGGAUAUUGAAAACCCAGACUUGGCGUACCUUCAUGCUGGUAUUGUUUCCAAAUCAUUCGAAUGUCGUCUGAAGGGACAAGGUGCCAAUUUUGUGGAGACAAAUAGCCCUUUUACUGCAGCUACACCUGAGCCCUCUCCAAUUAAGGAAAAGAUUGUCCGAAGUAACAGAAAACAUCCACAUGCAAAUGAACAAGUUCAGCAAGUCAUUAUUAUUCAAGGAUUUCCUACUGAUUAUGAAGGCGAUUUUACAAUUGAUACUUCUGUUGAGGAGACAGCAGCAGCAACUCUCCAGACCUUGGCAAUGGGUGGACAAGUAGCUCAAGUUGUCCAUAUUACUGAAGAUGGCCAAGUUAUAGCUACAGGUCAAGCUGCUCACAUGGAGAGCAUCAUUCAAGAAGAUAUUCAACUGCCAGAUGGAGCUACACAAGUUGUAGUAGUGGAAGGACCAGUGGAAGGAGGAGAUGUUGCCGAGUCUGUUUCAAUAGAAACAGUUACAGAUUCCAGUGGAAAUGUGGUGCAACAAGUCAUGGCACAGAAUAUUUUAGAUGCAUCACAGACUAUGCAUGCGGCUGAUUCUUCCUCUGCAUUGGAUGCACUACUUUGUGCUGUAACAGAGCUUGGAAAUGUGGAAGAUGUAAAAAAUCAAAACAGUAGAAUAGAAAACCCAAUGGAAGAGUCAUCUAUUAGGAUAAGUCAUCAGGAAUGUAGUGAUCACAACACACAGGAGAUACAGAUGUUUCAUGAGAUCCAGGAAGAUCAGCAAGACAUUGAACCAAUGGAAGUUGUUGGUCAAGUCAUGCAUUCUUCAAGGAUUCUGACCUCAGAGGAAUCAGCUCAUGUGGCAUUCAAAAAAAUGGUUCAUGGGGUUCUUCAGUUUGCUGUUUGCGAUUCUGGUGCUGCUGACCAACUAAUUAAAGGAGGAGUUACUCAAGUAAUUGUAAAUGAUGAGGGUACUGUUCAUAUGGUCUCCAGUGAAGGAUCUCGUAUAAUCAUGCAUAACGCAGAAGGGCAUACAUUUAGUAUACCUGAACAACAUAUGGAUAUUGUUGAGUCAAAUGGAGAGAUUUCACAGAUCAUUGUCACUGAAGAGAUAGCUCAAGCCAUGGUUCAGAAUGCUGAUGGCAGCUUUCCAGAAGGUACAACGCAUUAUUUUGUGACAGAAUUGCCUAAUGGAGAAGUUCAAAAAGAAGGUGCCAUUUAUUCACACACAGUAAUAGAAACAGAUGGAUCUGAAGAUAUUCUUCAUGCUGAAACGACUUUGAAUGCACAGAUUGCUUCUGAUGAGGAAACACAAGAGAUAGCCAGCAUGGUUGUCUAUUCAGAGUGUAGCCCCCAAGACAAUGCUGAGUCAAACCAAAAAUAAAUAAAUAGUAAAAAAACAAAACGUCUAGAAUCAUAAAAUAAGGCUAUCUAAUGCAAACUGGUGCACAGGAACCACAUUUGCAGUUCUUAUUGUGAUUUUGUAAAAAAUCUGUUUUGUUUACACUUUUAUGUGAAAGGUCUUUUUAAUCCAUCCCUCACUUAACAUAUAGUUUUGUCUGAAUUAAAUAUCAAAAACAUAUUCUCUUAAUAUAAUUUAUAAUUAACAGCUCUACAAAUGAACAGCAACUUAACUAUAUAAAGGCAAAGUGAGGCAGCACUUUGUCAAAGUUAUCUUACAGCCAAAGCGUGUUUCUAAAUAGCAAAUUGUCUUAAAUGAGCUCAUACCAUUGGGGCCUUCUGUAUGGCAGCCAAAAGGAAGUGUUGUUACUUGAAUUCAAAUAUAUUCAAAUUACCUUUGUGCUUAAAAUUAUUUUUAACAAAACACAAGAAAAUAUCAGUAUACAUAUACGCUUAAGUCAGCUUUUACUUGCUUAAUAAUCUUUUAUUAUUUAGUCUGCUGAAAAGUGUGAUAUGGAAAAAUAAAGCCAGUCAUACCAAGCUUUGCAAUAGUUUGGAUAAUAUAACAUUGGUUGAAAUUAUUAUAUACAUGUUUUGUGAUAUUAAAAAGGGAAAUCCUUCAUGUAUUAUUUUGAUUUACUUUUUGAAAACCUGUCGAAUAUAAUUCAUUUCUUGUAGACUUAUGGUUUAUAAGCAUCAAACAUAUCUUAAAUAUAAAACAGACUUUUUCAAUCCUUUGCUCACAAUCACAAUAAUUGUAAUAAACAUCUACAUUUACAGUUUUUUUAUUUAUUAAAUUGGAAGACAUGCUGAAGUUUAAGGCAAUGGAAACAAUAUUUGUAAUCUAUGGACAAUUUCUUAAAAUAACGGCUAUAUUCUGCCUUAUUAUAUAUAUUAAGUUAGCAAUCGUCCACAAGAUGUAAGGGUAUAGAUCUCACAAGAUGUUGGUGAAAUUAACAUUUUAAGAGUUUGCUGUGUAUGACCCAGUUACAUAAUAUACCUAUUACACUGAAGAAGGGAGUUUUACAUUUCUUCUGCUAUUGAAGUAAAUCGUGCUGGCUUAAUUUAUUUUUGAGAGAGUCUUCCUUGACCCCAAAUAUGAAACUACUACAUCUCCGACUACUGGGUUUCAAUUUGCCUCUAAGUUUUGUUUUUCUAUAGCUUUGUGCUACCAUGUUUAAAUCUGUGAUGUUUUUGUUUUGGGUUUUUUUGUGUGUGUUUUUUCUUUUCUUUUUCAAAUAAACAAAAUCUAGUUACUA